GCCCGAGCUCGUAGCGAAUCAAUUGGAAUUGAAUUCAAGCUUGGUGCAGGACCUACCUUUCAUUGCCCACUACCUCAAUUACAACAAGCCAUUGUCGUCACCUAGCGAAGACGAGCGAUAACCGAGCUAUCGCAAUCGAACCGAAAUCACCAACGCGACAAAUUCGAACAAUCAGAAUAACACCGAAAUGGCCUCUUUCAUCGCCAGGAGGGCGUUUACCACCAGCGCCCGCAGGCUCGAAGCCGGCGCAAAGGAGCAUGUCCUCAAGCAGGAGGGCAAGAAGGACCCGGAGCUUAUGAUUCUCGGUGGCAUCAUGGUUGCUGCUUUCGCCGGUGCCGGUUUCUACUUUGGCCGCACGCCUACGUCGUCCACUUCGGAGACCAAGGUCCCAAUGGCCAAGGACGCCAUGCCGUGGGAGAGCGAGGGCGCUGGCAAGUACAAGUACCACCCCGGUGGUGACCCCAACGCUGCUCCUAAGGAUGCCCCCAGCGCUGUGAACGUUGUGGUUGUUCCCGACGUCACGCUUCCCAAGAACCUCCACGACAAGUGGAACAAAUGGGGCAAGGAGGGCUACUAGAGACUUUAAUUUUACCGUUGAAGAACAUGGCCGCUGGGCAUUUUCGAGAUUUUGGCUACCAGAUACCUAGGGAGAGGUAGCUGCCUGACGAGGUAUCGAUGUACAUAGAAGGCAAAGCAUUAUCGAUCACAACCGAGGCUUAGACAGCAACACGCCCGUUUUGUUUGUUCAAUAGUCAGAUGGUAGUUGGGACUGGGUGCUGUGUAGAGUCGAGCGUGUGUGUGUUGUAGAGUUUGGAAAAUGAUAGAAGUUGACUUCGACAUGACGCACAUGCACACAUCCGAGUGCAACUGUUACCUCGCCUACACGAGGUUCGGGCUGUUUGAGAGGCUGAAAUCAAAAUGGGCCACACUUACAGCAUCAUGCACAGUGAUGAUGCAUUGCCAUGGGAAUUUUAAUGCUAUUG